AUGAAGGAAGCGAUGACACUUGAUUCUCUUGAGUCAGAUGAAGAUUUGGAUAUUGAAGGUGAAGUAAACCAUUCUGAACUUGCAACCUCAACGUCUGAAUUUUACAAAGCUUUUGAAGUAAAGGAUGUACUAGGAAAUGGAUUGGCAUCAACUGUACGGUUGUGUAUUGAGAAAGGGACAGGUCUAGAAUUUGCAGUGAAAAUUGUUGACAUUAGCACUGAGCGACAAACAGAAGCAGAAGCUCGUCAGUUGUAUAAUGAGACAAUCAGUGAGGUUAAUUUGUUACGACAACUUUCAGGACAUCCCUCAAUUAUUAGUAUCCAUGAUUUCUACGAAACACCAACGUUUUUGUUUGCUGUUUUUGAAAUGGCUCCAAAAGGUGAACUGUUCGACGUUCUGAAUAAAUCGGUAACGGUCAGUGAGAAAAAAGCAAGACGCCUCAUGCGGCAGCUUUUCGAUGGUGUGUCUUACAUGCACAGCAGGGAUAUUGUACAUAGAGAUCUGAAGUUGGAAAAUAUUCUUUGUGUAGAUGAAGAGAGAAUUGUAAUUAGCGAUUUUGGUUUUGCCACUAAAUUGAAACCAGAUCAGAAGCUGAAAGAACUGCUAGGAACACCCGGUUAUUUGGCUCCAGAAAUGUUGCGAUGUCAGAUGUAUGAAGAUGCAGAUGGAUAUAGUUUUGAAGUAGAUAAUUGGGCGUUAGGUGUCAUUUUAUACACCUUGCUUGCUGGUUGUGCACCCUUUUAUCAUCGACGACAGCUGAUGAUGCUUCGUAUGAUCCAAGAAGCAAGGUUUGAAUUUCGAGCUGAUCAGUGGUCCCAAAUUACUUCCGAUGCCAAAGAUUUAAUUAGUCAGUUGCUAGUUGUAGAUGUUCAAAAACGGUUUACAGCAAUUCAGUGUUUGCAUCAUCCUUGGAUGAAAGUUGUUGCCGUUACGCCAACGGUGAGUGUAAAAGAAAAAGAAAUAGUUUUUGAAAAGCGAGAUUAUAAGAAACUUUGGAAAUAUGGCAUUAUCAUAGUGAGAUUUUUUGUGCGUUUGACGAAUAUCAAAACGUUGAAGUUGCUGGUCGAUCGUUGUGCCUUAAGGAAACGUCCAUUUCGUGAUCGCGAUAUUCGUCGGGAGUCAGAAGCUGCUGUGUUUGCAGUAUAUGGACACUGGGUUAAUCGAGGGUUUUACUACUCUCGUGAUAUGUUAUUUGCAAAUAAACCUAGACCAAAAUACAAAAAACUGGAAGUUGAAGUAAUUUCGGCUUGA